AUGCCACGAGGACCACUAAAACGGACCGCAAGUAUCACAGAUCUGCGCUUUACCUUGAGACGCGUCUUUGGCAAGGCCUCGUUCCGGCCACUCCAGGAAGAGAUCAUUACCGCCGUUGUUGGUGGACAUGAUGUGUUUCUCUGCGCAGCCACAUCCUUCGGCAAAUCACUAUGCUACCAGCUUCCAGCAGUUGUGUCCCUUGGGGUUACUGUGGUUAUCUCACCCCUCCUGGCAUUGAUGGACAACCAGGUCCAAGCAGCCAAGUCCUUGGGUAUCGCUGUCGAGUGUAUCAAUGGCAAAACUGAAUGGUCUGAAAAGGUCAGAAUUGAGACAGAUCUCCUUUGCGGACAUCCAGAAACCAAACUUCUCUACGUCACCCCGGAGCUUUGCGCACAGGACCGAUUCCGGAAACUCAUCAUGAAAAUCCACCGCCAGGGUCAGCUGGUGCGAAUUGCGGUGGACGAGGCACAUUGUAUCAGUGAAUGGGGCCACGAUUUCCGUCCGUGCUAUAAAAGCCUGGUAUGGCUCAAGACCAACCUCACCUGUCCCACGGUGCCCAUAAUAGCAGUAACCGCCACUGCGACCAAACAAGUGCGAGAGGACAUUUUCACAUACCUUGGUCUUGAUCCUGACAAGACCAAAUGCUUCUCUACUUCUACCGCGCGACCAAACAUUCAUUACGAAGUUCAAUACUUCUCAGAAUGUCACCCCAAGGAUCCAAACGAUGACAUGUUUCCAUACCUUCUGUCGAAAUUGAAUUUCAUGUAUCAGAGGCGGCUAAUGCUGCUCAGACAUCGGAAAGAGCAGCUUCCAACAGCCGCUGUUUCCCCAAUCACGGGCAUUAUCUAUGUACCGCUUCGUGCUACAGCAGAUGAUCUUGCUUCAGAUCUGACCACUUGCGGGAUCCGAGCAAGCGCUUACCACGCCGGGUUAGACACAAAAAACAGGGAGAGAGUGCAGAGAACGUUUCUCAGAUAUGCCACUUCGGACCCUCAUCUACUACAAGUCGACGACGACCAAAGUGUGACGAACUCGUUCAACAUCAUCUGUGCCACCACAGCCUUUGGCAUGGGUAUCGACGUCCCCACCAUCCGGUUCGUGAUCCACUACGGUCUUCCGAGGGGCAUGGAAUCGUUCACGCAAGAGUCAGGACGAGCCGGACGGGACAACAAGGCCGCAUCAAGCAUAAUCAUGUACACCCGAGAAGACAAAGAGCGGUGUGAGUAUCGCGCAAGAUGUGAGGCAGCCAAGGACAAGAGCAAGGCCAAGACCGAGUCAAGGUUCGAGUCGCUCCGCAGCAUCAUCGAGUUCUGCGAGAACACCGACUUCUGUCGCCAUACACUGGUCUCUCGGUAUUUCGGGGACAAGAGUAGCGUUGCCGAGUGUCACUUUGCGUGCGACGUCUGCAAAGAGGGGCCAUCCAAGCUGAAGAAACGCAAGGAACGGGGUCUGGCUGAGGAGUUGGAGGCGUGGGAGUUUACACAGAGGGAACCAAUUCCGGAUUAUGAAUCCGAAUAA